CUUCUGAGUGGUGUGUCACCUUGAAAUCUCACCGGCCCUGAAUGUUUGAAGCUAACUGGCAACUACCAAGCUAGUUGUCAUUAGAGGUCGAGUUCACGUCUAGCCAUGUCUUGAAAUAUUGUUUUUAAUUUCUCACAGCGGUGUUCUUUUUGUUUAUUCUUAAAAUGGGAGUAGUAAUACGAAAUCUUCAAAAGGUGGUACCGCUCCGCCGCUCCAGGCUGCGCAAAGACGUGGACACCCUGAGACACAUACUGGGCAUCCAGAAAUUUGAUUUGGGCAUCAUUUGCGUCGACAACCACAGGAUUCAGCAGAUUAAUCACAUAUACAGAAAGAAAAACGUCCCUACAGAUGUCCUCUCGUUUCCAUUCUAUGAGGACCUGAGACCAGGGAAGCUGCCUUGCCCUCUUCACAGAGAUGAGCUGAACCUUGGGGACAUUUUUCUAGGGGUUGAGUUUGUGAUGAAGCAGUGUCAGGAGGAAUCAUUAGAUCUUCAUGGUUCUCUGACUGUCGUCACGGCUCACGGCAUCUGCCACCUGUUGGGCUACAGGCAUGAAACUGAUGAGGAAUGGACUGAGAUGCUGCAGAAGGAGAGCUACAUUCUGAGCAGGUACAGCCAACUCACCGGCCGACGCCUGGAGCCGCUCAUGAAGAGGGUCAGCCAGGACACGUGACGGCGGCUGGGACGGCUGCACCACCCGUUUUGCACUCUCCCUAAAUGUUUUGCUCAAGGAUGUGAUUUAUAAUAAACUGUAAAAACACUCGUUGCCAUUUUUAUUGUCAAGACCU